UCGGACGGCAAGAAUUUCUCCAUAUUUGUUAAGAGUUGAGACUAAGAAAAGAAAAAGAUGUCUUUGAUCGGUGAACUUGCUUGUACUUACGCUUGUUUAAUCCUUCACGAUGAUGAUAUUCCUAUCAAUGUGGAGAGAAUUGAUACACUUAUUAAAGCAUCAAAUUUAAAGGUGGAAUCGUACUGGCCAAGUCUUUUUGCAAAACUUUGCCAAAAGAUGAACGUCGAUGAACUGAUCAUGAACGUUGGAACCCCAACUUCUAACAACAAUGUUGCCACUCCUCCUCCAAUUAAUGAUAACGAUGCUUCCACUGCACCUUCUGUCAAUAACAAGAAGAAGGAGGAAAUAAAAGAAGAGAGUGAUGAUGAAGCCAUGUUUAGCUUAUUUGAUUAGAGUCGCAUCCUCAGCU